GUGACGUACACAAAAUACAUGCGUGAAUGUCAAAUAUGGCGCCGUAGUUACUACUUGGUGUUGUUUUCAGUAGAAAAUCAAUGUCGCUCGCCUUUUGUAUAAUUCUUGUGAGUGGUAUCUUGUUUGAUAAAUUGUAACGCGUAUGUGUUUUGAGUGAAUUCGUCAAGGAAAUGGCGUUUAGUCGCGGCGUUCGUCUGCUGUUCGGUCAAACUCAGCGACGUGGUGUGGCCAUAAAGCAACCAGCUAGGUGUGCAACUCAGUCGUCUCCUGCACCGGAACCCCAAACAGCAGAAAAUGAGUCGGUAAACCCGACCUUCAAGAACCGAAACCCGCGGAACCUGGAGCGGAUGGCCUUGGCUAUAAAGGAUCGCGGCUGGAAGACAACGUGGCCUCACCGACAGUUCUACCACAGGUUGAUGUUUUCACGCAGUCAGAAAUACGUGACGGCUGAGGUCUUCUCUUGCUCCUCACCUGACCCAGUGCUCUCUUGCUCCACCAAAGAGUGGGCGCUGAAGAAAGAGCUGCCCUCCACAAAUUGCGUGGCGGCGUGUCAGGCCGUCGGCGAGGUGUUGGCACACAGAUGCAAGCAGGCCGGCAUCACCAGGAUGGUUUACAGGGAGAUUCCGUGGACCUAUCGCUCGGACGCUGUUCAGUCGUUCCGGACAGCAAUGAAAGAUGGAGGCAUCAUCCUCAGUGAACCCAGAAGAAAAUACAUAGGAACUUAAUUUUCCGGCUAAGCCCUCCAAUGUUAUGAAAAAAUAUAUUUCUCAUGUACUAAAAUAGACGUCAUGUCAAUAUUGAACAAUGACUCAAAUGCUGCUUUACUCAUGUGAAUAAACUGCUACCAAAUUUUUAUUUAUACUUCUGCAUUUUCUAC